UGCUGCCCCCUUUGCAGUGCGGCUUUGGGCCCACGGCGGCCGAUGAUGAUGGCAGAUCUGGGUGGCGAAGUGUAAAAGAGGUAGUGAUGGCAGAACAUGCUCACGGAGGGUGUGGCGGGACGGCCCGGCUGUCGUGUCUGCAUCGCGAAGGACCUGCAGAGGAGCCUGCCGGGAAAGAAACCCAAACAGCAGGUGUGCAAUCUGGAUGGAAGAUAGACGAGCAGCUCCAUCCCACACAAGAUGACAUUUUGUUGCUUCAGAGGUUGUAGAUCUACCGGCGUCUGACCCACCUGCUGCACCGGCAGCGGCACCACAAGCACUGCCUGGGAUGCAGGCUGCACCGGCAGCGGCACCACAAGCACCGCCUGGGAUGCAGCAACAGGGUGAGCGGGGCAUAGGGCACCUCAUGUCAUUGGCAUCAUGUGCCGGUACUUCUUCUCCCGCAGCGGCUGGGGCGUCUAAUGGUGCACCGGACCAUCUGCAGCAUGAUGAGAGGAUGGAGGGAGGGCCCGUGCCGAAGGGCGACGGCGCUGCGGGCGAGGGAGUGGCCGACGCAUCUGGUGGCGGGGAGGAGGGUACUUUGAGCGAGGCCAACAACGCGUUGGCCAACCAGAGGCGGCCCCGCCCCUCACUCCUGGACAAGUGCCGCUCCAUUUUCCGCGGCAAAUGCGACGCCUCAUCCCGCAGGUACGACAGUGUCUUCGACGGCCUCGCCGAUGCGGCCACGUUCGAGGCCAACCCCGACAGUAUGUACAAGGAUGCCAUCACCGUCACUGUCGCAGUUCCCACCCCCGCCGGCCCUGUGAGAGUGAGGGAGGACGUGUGGCGCUUCGUCGGUGAGGGAGCUGCGGGUGAGUCUAGCGGCUCCCAGCCCGGCACCUGGUUGGGCUUCAACAGGCUGGGCAAGGCCAUCGCGGCAGCAAGGCAGCAGCAGCAGCAGCAGCAUCCUGACAGCCGACGGGACAGCGGAGCAGCCAGCGAGACCCCAUCAGCAGCAGCAGCACCGGCAUCAGCAGAGCCAGAGCCUCAGGCGCCGGUAACGGAGAAUCGUGGCGAGUCGGGCCGCCCCAGCUCCGUGUACGCGUCAGACGAGAAGAUGAUCGAAGACCUGAAGACCUACUUGAUGCACCGCAUCGACCCCGAGAAUCGAUGGUUCAGCACGGCCAUGCGGGGCCUGAGGCCCGAGCAUCUCACGUUCACCAAGCGGGAGUUGGGACCGGGGCAGGUGGGGGCCGUCACGGUGACGAUAGGCCCGUAUAUCGACCCCAAGAAGGCCGAUGGGAUGGUGCACAUCAAUGCCAACGUCUACCGGCGCGAGCACAACUGGAACUUGGGCACCAUCGUGACAAAAUUACUGCGCGCCCGCGACAAUGUGAGUUAGCGCGAGGGAGGGCUGGGGGGAGAGGGCAAUGGGGUGAUGAGAUGUGUGUGUUGUGUGUGUUGUGUGUGUUGUGUGUGCAGGGUUGGCAGCUGGUCGGUACCACCGACGACGAUAGUAGCAAGGAGUCCCUCGUGGCGCGGCUGACGCCGUCUGACCACCAGCGGCUGAGACCCAGCUACAAUGUCAAGUCCUCCCGCGACCGAUCGAAUCCACCAUCACGCAGCGGCCCUGCCACCCUCACCCCUGCUGAACAGGUACACACAACAUACACCGGACUACCGCCCUUCCAAAGCCACCCCGCCUUUUUCUGCAUAUCCAGGAAGCAUCUGCUCUGGGCGUCUUCCUCAACAAAUGCGACCCGAUGUCGCGGACUUACGAUGCGGCCUUCCAGGGCCUUGAGUCCCUCGUUCUUGUCACCCACGACCCCAGCAGUCGCCACCAGCAGGCCGUCGACGUGUCCGUCGGGCCGUUCGACAGCCAGCUCGGUCCCCUUCGCCUGAGGGGCAAGAUGUUUCGCAACCCUUACUGUGGCGGCAGAUCCCAGGCCGCCAAGAAGUCCCUCUGGGAGAUGGGCAGCGUGACGGUGUUGCUCAGGCGCCUCAAGGCAGAGGGGGCAGAUGCCUGCAGCAGGGACGCCAGGAUAGACAGCGAGGGCGAGGUCGUCCUCGACGCCAUCGGUGGCGACAGCGCGUCGGCUGCCGACCGCCGUGAGACUUCCAACGACUCCAGCCAGCUCCUGGCGGACCGCAUGGUGGCCAAGAAGGGCAGCGGGUCGGGGCGGGCGAAGAACCAUGAAGGGCCACCAGACGCGAUGGAUGAAGGAUGGUCGGAGAGCUCCUCCCCCUCCCCACCCCCCUCGCCCAAACGCCCGAAGCGGAGGCAGGCCCGGCAGCAGCAGAGGGGCAAGAGGGCAGCGGAUGGGCCACCCGGGGGACAGGCAGUAGUCAAGCGGCAGCUGUGCACCCAUGCCGGUACUGUACGUGACAAAGGAAUGGGAAUGAACCGCUUCACACCACCGUACGUAUCUUUCUGGCCAGGUGUGUCUGGCCCCAUAGCUGAGGAUGGCGACGCCAUGCAGGGCGUGCGACGGCCUCUGGCACAGCUGAGUCUGCGUGAGGUGGCCGCCAUCUUUGCCCGCCACCCGCUAGAAGAGCUGCGCAGCCUCGCACCAACAGUAAAGAAGGUGUGUAGGGAUAUGACGGAGAGGAGAGACAUCACCUGUGUGUGCACGUCUCUGCAGCAUUUGUUGUCUGGGGACACGCUGGCGCACAUCGCCAGUCUGACGACGCUAGAGCUGAAGACGGCGCUGGAGAUACAGGCCUAUGGACAGGUGGGGGGCAUCAUGGAUGUGUGUGUGUGUCCAGUUGAGUCGGCGAGACACACUCCGUCGUGCAUGCGUGUGGAUGGCUGCGAUGCAGGCUGUGCAGUUGAAGAGGUGGAUCGAUCAGGCGCUGGCAGAUGGGGUGACAACACAGACACACGCAUGACAGACAAGGCAGCGUCAUGUUCGCUGGGUGCUUUGGUUGUAGGUGGAGGUGCCCUCUGUGCAGUCGAGCCCCAACGCGACCCCAUCUGGCACUGCCAGCGUCACAUGAGUCAUAUCGCCAGCCUAGCCUGUCACAGGCUGGCGCACCUAGAUAGCAGCGAUGAAUAGACGGGAUACCGAGGGUGGAUGCUGUCCAUGUGUGUGUGUGAGGAUGGGGGGCCAGUGGAUGGGGGGUGGGUGGUGGCAGACCGGGUGACAGCAGGCGACGGCAUAGCGAUGUAUGCGACUGACCAGG